AUGGACAAACGCAAAGGAGGCCUUGUUGGCAUCGGAGCUCAAACUCCGUCAAAUCCGUCACAAUCGUCGUCUGUGGAGGCUUCCGAUCCAAGACCCAAUUCAACCACCUUAAUCAGUAUACCUGAUGUGAUUUGUACUCACGUUAACGAAAACAGUGAAGAAGUGGUGGUCGGCGAAGGAGAGCUUCGAAUCAUACGGCUAACGUUACCGGCGAAAGAUGAUGCCCCUCCGAUAUAUGACGCUAUAUAUCUCACCGUCGCUGAAUCGGUAUCUCACCCGUUACUUCCAAGAAGUCAGGCCUGGAAGAGUGGCGUCACAUAUACAUUCCCAUUCCCUGUAAAACAAUUUUACAAGAUCGACCUCCAGAAUCCAGACUCUGACAUGGCGGCUGCUCUCGACGACUGUUUAACUCACUGCAUCGGAUUCGAGAACAGACGCAAGUUACAAAAUAGUCUGGCAUUGGUCGAUGCAGCCGGUGAAGUACUGGCUGUACUGGAUUCGGAUAAUAUGAAGGUCAGAUUUGCUACCAAUGCUACUGAGAAUGAAAAGGUGCCUAUGGUGGUGGAUUUAGGAGCUGAGGGUGCUCAAGUGGAGAUUGUUGGACAGGAUGUGGAGGGCAAUCCAAAUAAAGGUGCAGAGAGUAUUGGUCGACAGCUUUUGGGGAGUCCUUCGGGCUCGUCGGCUGGAAAGACGCCUCAGAAGGAUCAACCACCCAAGAAGAAAUCGUUUUGGGACUCUGUCUUGUCGUUUUUAGAAAUAGAACCCAUACCUCCACCGCCACCUGCCGACGCAUCUCAGACAACGCUGAGAGUCACGACGUUAGCGAGAGAUGAAGCAAAUCCUUAUGUCUUAAUAAUGCCGGCAGAUUUCACAAUAUCACAGCGAAUGCUGGGCUCAUUAUUAGGAGCCGUGAAUACCAGUAGACGAUUCGUGAGUACACGAUACGGGCCACAGUUAUCUGCAGCCUCACGUUUUGCACAGACAUGUUGGUCGUCUGUUGUGGAAACGUUGGAUGAAGUGUUUCACGCUGUGGACGAAGAUAUAUGGUAUAACGAGGUGGAGAAGCAUCGAGAUAGAGGCAUGGAAAUGGCACCACGAUUACCAUUUCGAGCUGCUGAAAGUACAGGACCUUUACCUACUGGCACCAUUCGAUCACGGAAUGGCAGACCAAUGUCCAUAGUUGGUCGGCCGAUAUCUAUAUAUACACCGCCGCGAGUCGCUGGUGAAACGAGAGCCGAGUCUACAACAAUGUCUCGUCGUAAAUCUACGAUGGCGAGGCCGUUGUCAACUAUGGGAAGACCGCUAUCUGUAGUCGGAUUGGGAAAGGGCGCACUUGGACUUGCAGCUUCAUUAGGAAUAGAUACGACUUCAGAGAGUGCUUCUGAAGUAUCAAUGGUCUAUUUCGAUGAGAAAUUCUUGAGCCACCCGGCCAUUAUAAAGGGUGCUACAUAG